UGCUUGUGCUUAUCCAUUUCUUCUCAUCCAUCGACGAAUUUCCAAAUCAUCAGUGGCCAUCUCAAUGCUCAAAUUUCGAUAUCAGUCUUGGAAUAGCGGCAGGUCAGUAUCUCAGGUGAGACGGAAAUUUAAGUAAGUGCACCUUGAGAUUCGAAUGUUGAUGAAGAGAAGAGGCAGGUUGCAGGAGUCGAGUGAAACAGCUAAACGACAAAAACAGUGAUCUUUGCAUGCACACCACACGGGUGUAGAUAUGGUUCGUUGGAAUCUACAGGGAACAAUCGCUCUGCACUUUACGAAGUUCGAUCAGACACCUCACCUGUAUUUCUGAAGAUUUGCGAAUCUAAUGUAAGAGUCUGGUACGUUGAGCUUCACAGAGUAGAGAUUGAGACGCUCCAGCAUUUUCAUGAUUUGAUGUCUGUCGGCAGAAUUUGUUGGCAUGCAUUGAGAAGAGCACAGUUGUAGAGUGAGGCACCCUGAUUGCAGGCAAUGGCAGUCCGCUCAGUAGCCGGAUUUAGUUGCGUGGUGAACACUUUGGUGAGUACAGCAUACCACUGUAAGCUUGGAGGUGAAUCCUUCGUCAAUCUGCUCACUCCUGCUUUGAAUCCUGGAAGCUGCCGUGUAUCGCAUCGCAUCAACCAUUCCAAGGCUGUUAGACGCGGAAGUAGGUGUUGUGCCACUCCAGACACUUUCGAUCAGAAUGAAGUGCUGAAGGAUGCGGCCAAAGGGGGGAAUUUGAAAGUCGUCGAUGAACUGCUUCAGGGAAAAUUAGUGAACAUCGAUCUACCCAGCAGCGGCAGGGCUGGCUGGACAGCACUCCAUUUGGCUUGCUUCUAUGGCCACGGCGCCAUCGUACGGACUCUGCUCAAUGCCGGUGCCAACAUUGAAGUCCGUAAUGACAGCGGGAACACUCCUCUGCAGCUCGCUUGCUUAAGGGGUAACAUCGAUAUAGCUAGAACUCUUCUGGAUUCAGGUGCAGACAUUCAUGCCGAAAGUUUAGAUAAAGGCACAGCUUUCGAUUAUGCCCAAGAGUGGGGAGGAGAUGAGAUGGUCGAUUUUCUGACACUGUGGGUAGCCAGUCGAGCUUCAUAAGUAUCGGAUCAUAUCAACAAAGACUGCAAUGUGGCAUCAGUCCUGUAGAUGAUCAGUUCCAAGUUUGUUGCCGCUCGAGGUAAGGAGCCCCUAGAAAUCUGAUUUAGAUAAGAAAAGGAAAACGAAGAUUCUGUGUAAUAUACAGUGGUAAUGGAAAUCUAUCUUUCUUCUCAUCAUUUUGGUCUUUAGCUCGAGAUUUGCCACAAUCAAUGCUCUGAAUCCUGAUGGUCACCCAAUAUUCAACUUCAAUGUGCUUCAUAAUACUG